UGGACAGAGAGGACAAACUGAGGCCGCAGAACAGACGUCGGGCAACGUACAUCAUCAUCGUAGAACUCGGUUGCCAGGCAGCGAUUAUUAUUUUAAAAAACCCUCGCCUCUGUUCGAAUACCUGACAGUUGACGGGGGUCGUUUCAAAGGUGAAGUCGUCCAGCUCGUUGAGGAAUCAGCCUCAGCACGGCCAGAGAUGGGGACGCGAGCCAGCCGCCUACAGGAAGAGCCGGCUCCCUCCGCUUUCGGAAAAGAUGGCACCAAGCGGGAUUCAUACCGACGCUCCCGCUGUACAAGACCCACCAGCCUCAUGGUCGACUUCUCCGGCAGCUUCGAGGACACCGAGGCCAACAGGAGCCGCUCCGAGGAAGGCAGCGACUCGGAUCUUGGGCAGCAUGGGGCGAGUGCGGACGGAAGCCCCGCCGACCACCACAGCAUCCCCUCCGGCAUCAGCCAACCGUCACCUACCGACGACAACAACAGCGAGGGGAAGCCCGAGGAGGACGGUAAUGUGAGCCCGGAGGGUGCCGUCGACGCUGAGCACCAGCCCGGAGUGGAGACAGGCCGCACGCCACACCGCACUUUUUCCGAGAGGCUGCCCGGGAAUCGGCACUCUUCCUCCCGCAACGUCGGGGCGAGAUCCACCCGUGUUCGAGGCUCCCACCAGCGGCCGGUUUCCGAGGCUUGGAUCGGCCUCUACCGUGUCAACAAUCGUCAUGGCAAUAUCCGCUGUCCUUUCUGCUCGAAGCCUUUCCCGGGGGGUCGGAUCGAGGAUCACCUGUUGAGCUGCCUCACGUCUCCUCCACUACCUUACAAUACGGAUGUGCUCAGUAAAGACAGCGGCGAGUGCUCCAUCUGUUUGGAGGAUCUGGUGCAGGGAGAGACCAUCGCCAGGCUGGCUUGCCUCUGCGUCUACCAUAAGAGCUGCAUUGAUUCCUGGUCCAAGGUGAAGCCCUGCUGCCCUGAACACCCCUUCGAUUGACUCACAGGUCACAUGUAUUCCCCGCAGUGACCAACCAGACUCAGGAGACUACACUGAAUCCCAAAUCUCAAUAAAAAAACCAAACAAACAAAAAAGUAUAAUUGAACAAAUGGAAGCCGGCUGUCCCUCUCAGACACAAACCUAUACCCGAGAGGAGAACAGAAGAGGCUUCAACAAGAAGAGACGACUCACGACUCUAUCUCCAAUCCACUCAACUCAGUCUAGACCAUUUCAAGAAG